AAUGUCCUCAACACCAUCCACAUCGGACACCUCAUCCGAAACAUCUACAUCGCCGGCGUCCACUGCAAUAUGUAAAGUAUGCGGGCUCUGUGCUCACGGGCUUCAUUUUGGAGUGCUCGCCUGUAGAGCAUGUGCGGCGUUUUUCAGAAGAACAGUUGUUAUGGAACGUCAAAAGAAAUACAAAUGCCGAGGUGGAGAAGAUAAUUGUGCAGUCAGCAGUACAGAUAGAUACCAAUGCCGAUUAUGUCGAUUUAACAAAUGCGUUGAGCUCGGUAUGACACCGGAAAAUGUCCAAUGGAAUCGAGAUUCAAUCCCAACAAGCAGAAAACGAAAAGAUGAUGGGCCGAUUGUUCCGGCCAAUGAUCUUAAAGCCAUGGCGUACCCAGACGGCUCACUUUUCGGAAAACCUCGAACUAUAAUGGAUAUAUCUACACUUUCCGCGAAAAUCAAAAACAUACUCAACGAGGAUAAGGGCGGAAUCGAUCCGGCGACAAAGAAAAUGAAUACUCUAGAAAUUGCCGAUUAUGCUCUAAGAAAAUGGAGAAAUCUACAGAGAUCGGAGGAAAAAAUGGAGAAACUUGACAAGCUUCCAGUUCGUCAAAUGUUCGCGAUUUUCGAGAAACAGAUGAUUGUGGUGGCAGAGUGGUUGGUUCAGAAUCCAGAUUUUCGAUUGCUAAGUUUGGAAGAGAGAUAUAUCUAUUUCAAAGCAAUGUGGAACAUGUGGCGGCGAUUCGAACGAUUCGAAAUGUCCGUGAAAAUGUUUGGCAAUGAUGUCGUUGAGAUCAGGAAAUUCGCGAUCUCAAACGACCAAAUCCUCACGAAAGAGUUUACAAUAGAUUUUUCGGAGAUUACGGAUGUGCCAAACACUACUGUACAAGAAAUGUUUCGGCAUUCAAUGUCAAAAAUGCAUCAUCAAGUCGCAAAGCCGUUGCUUGAACUCAGACCGUCAUCUAUUGAAACGGCGUACAUGCUCACUCAGAUGAGCUGGCAAGUUGCAGGUAAGAAAAUGCAAGGAAAAGUCGUCGAAAUCGGUGAACGAGUUUGUGAUGAGCUGGCAAAUAAUCUUCACAGCUACUAUCUGAAAGAAGAAAUGCGAUCGAAUUAUGCAGGUCGCCUGGUUCGCCUGAUGAGCGUUGUUAAUUCUGUUAAAAAGAUUCACAUGGAAAGAAGUAUGACUAUGGAGUUGGCCAGAAUUUUUGAAGUUUUUAAGGUCGACUUUUCUGAACCGGACAUUUUUGAUUGUUAGUUUUGUUCUAGUCUUUUGUACUCUUUCUAGUUGUACUUAUUGUUAAAAUUAAGCUAAAAUGCAAAAUUUCACUUAAAAUUGUACUUAUUAAUACGGCUGAAAAUGAAUAAAUGAUGUAUUU